AUGACAAUAAUAUCAGGACCAGAAUGUCCCAGUUUACUGCAAGACGAAUAUCUUCAUGAUAUUUUUCUUGUUUCUGCGCGACAUUAUCCAAAUAAAGUUGCUCUUCGUUGGCUAAAUGAAGAGAUAACUUACGAUCAAUUACGCAUACAUGCUCUAAAUAUCGCUCAUACUCUGCGUAAUAUGCGACAAAUCGGCCCGGGUAGUAUUGUAGGCAUUUGCCUAUCUCGAUCAGCGUUGUUGCAUGCAACAAUUCUUGGUGUUUUAAUGACUGGUGCAACGUAUGUUCCUUUCGAUGCCGAUAUUCCAGAAGAACGAGUUAAUGAAGUAUUGUCGGAUCUCAAAGCUAAUCUUCUUUUAAUCGAUUCUCGAGCCCAUUUCAGUCAUCCAUUAUCAUUCAAUGUUCAAUCGAUCGCUCAAAACCAAUCAAUGAUUGAUAUUAAUCUAAAAGAUCAAAUUGACAAUCAGUCAAUUGCAUAUAUCAUUUGUACAUCUGGAUCAACAGGAAAACCAAAAGCAAUUGCAAUUACUCAUCAAAGCAUUUGCCAUUUUGUGCGUGCUGAUAAUGAAGUUUUAAGUAUUAAACAUGAUGACAUUAUUUAUCAGGGCUCUUCAGCAGCAUUUGAUUUAUUUCUUGAAGAAACUUUCUUAACUUACCUAGCGGGUGCAACCAUGGUUAUUGCUGCGAAGUCAGAUGUUUUGAAUACUGAUUGUCUUCAUCUGUUCUUGAUUCGUCAUUCAGUAACCGCUCUUUUCUCGGUGCCCACUCUACUACUUCUCUUAAAUAAUGAUCCAGCCCUCAAGCUUCGUUUAAUUAACGUCGGUGGUGAAGCUUUUCCCAAGACGUUAGUAGAUCGUUGGUGGCGAGAAGAUCGUUUAAUUUAUAAUUCUUAUGGUCCAACUGAAACAACCGUCGCUGCCACUUUAAGCCUCGUACAUCCGAAUAAGCCAAUUAGUAUAGGUAGGCCUUUACCAAAUUACGUUUGUUGCCUUCUCGAUGAAGUAACUGGACAACCAACAUCAGCAAGCACGGGCGAAUUAUGUAUUCGUGGACCAGGCAUUGCGCGUGGUUAUGUUGGAUUGAGUGAAUUAACAAAAGAAAAAUUCACUGAAUACGGGUAUCGCACUGGUGAUCAAGUUACAUUCGAAAAUGAUCAAAUAUUUUUCCACCAACGUAUUGAUACUCAAGUCAAGUUACGAGGUUUCCGUAUUGAGCUUGAUGAGAUUGAACAAGAGCUAUUGAAUUUGAAAGAUAAUGUUAAAUCAGCUGCUGUUACUGUUCAAAACGAACAAAUUAUUGCUUAUGUUGUAGGAGAAUUAAGUGAAGCAAAAAUGCGUGAGAGAUUAACAAAAAGAAUACCUCGUUACAUGAUCCCGGAUCGAUUGAUUACAAUCGAUGAAAAAAUGCCUCUUUUGAGCAGUGGAAAAAUCGAUCGUAAAGCACUUCAUUCUUUAUCCUUACGAAACAGUCCAAACAAAAAUGAAAUAACAAAAAGUCCAAAACAGCAACCGGUGUCAAAUAAAACCAUCAAUCGGAACAUAGCCGAUAUUAUUCUCUACGCAUUUCGCAGUACAUUUCCACACAAUGAAAUAACUAAAGAUGACGAUUUCUUCUUUGAUCUUGGUGGACAUUCAUUAACAGCAGCACAAACAGUUAGCAAAUUACGUGAAUCUUUUCCAAAUGUGUCAAUUCAAGAUUUAUAUGAAUGUAAAACAGCGAAAGCUCUUGCUGAACGCCUGUCAGUAACAUCCAGUAAUUCUAACGCUGAGAAAAUCUUUAUCUCAGAUAUGACCAUUGAUAAACCGGCGAUAUCUCGACUCGCUCUGUGCGCUCUGAUUCAGGCUAUCGUUCUCCUGAUUGUUUUUGGUCUUACAGCAGUCGAGAUACUUUUGCCUUUCAUUAUGUUUGACAUUGCUUUGGAAAACUACGGUCUUAUAUACGGAUUCCUUGGUGCCUAUUUAACAUAUGUAAUUGUUCCAGUGCUAUUGAGUUUUCUGGCGAUUCUAGUCAAAUGGGUUGUAAUUGGUCGUUUUCGAGAAGGAGAUUUUCCUCUUUGGAGUUUGAUGUAUGUACGUUGGUGGACUGUGAAACAAUUCCUGGGUUUAUCAUCACUCGACAGCUUCUCCGAUACACCGUGGAUGCCAAUUUUCUAUCGGUUACUUGGAGCCAAGAUUGGUCAUAAUGUGCACAUUGGUGACAUGGAUUGUUCAGUCGUAGAUCUGUUGAGCGUUGGUGACGGUUCAACAAUUUCGUCGGACGUUGCUAUUCGAACAGCUUUUGUCGAUAAUUAUACGCUCAAAUUUCGACGAGUAUCCAUUGGAUGCGAUGUUCAUGUGGGCGUCCGUAGUGUUCUAAAUGGGGAAUGCAUCAUGAGCGAUCAUUCUGAAUUGUGUUCAAUGUCAUUUCUUCCUUCUGGUGUGUGUAUUCCAGCACAUGAAGCCUGGCAAGGGUCACCAGCACAAUAUUGCCAUCGAACAAUCCCAUUAGAGACUGUUACGGAAUCGAAUUCGGAGAAGUGGAAGUCUGUGUUAGUUUCAUCCAUCUUUCUUCUAUUGAUUCUUUUCUUUUUGCCUCUGAUGAAUUUCAUUCCAAUGUUUCCGGGUCUUAUUUUGUUCGACUAUAUCCGAUGGACAGCCUUGUCACCUUGGCUGCAAGUGAUUUAUUUCUCUCCUGUUGUGGGCAUUCUUUACACUAGUUUAAUCAUCCUAGAAAUUGUGAUCGUACGAUUUUUUUUUAUUGGUUCUAUCAAAGAAGGUGUCUACAGCACAAAAUCGUGGACUUUCAUGCGCAAAUGGAUUUUCGAUCAAUUAUUUGAUGUAGCUUUAGAGAAUAUCUAUGCACUGUUUGCUACAGUCUAUGCUAGGCCACUACUUCAAGCAUUUGGUAUGAAAGUUGGUCAACGUUGCGAAGUAUCGACAGCGUCAGGAAUGGUUCAUUCGUUGGUUGAAAUUGGUGAUGAAAGUUUCGUAGCGGAUACAGUUACACUAGCGAAUCCUUACAUAUCUCGUGGUUACAUUCAUCUACGUAAAACGAUCGUUGGCCAGCGAGCUUUUAUUGGUAAUGCAGCAUGUAUAAAUAGUGGAAUCCAAAUACCUGAUGGAUGUUUAAUUGGAUGUAUGUCAACAGUAGCUGAUGGAUUGAAGGAAGGUGAAUCCUGCGUCGGCUCGCCACCUAUCGUCCUCAGCAAGCGACAGCAAGUGGCAUCAGAUAUUUCGGAUGAAAUGACUUUCCGUCCCAGCGCAUAUUUGAUUCUUGGACGAUCCAUAAUCGAUAUACUACGAGUAAUUGUGCCUCGAGUUUUGAUCGUCUUAGAGAUUGGUAUCGCUUUUGAGAUAUUCGUUUGGAGUCAAACCCACAACCAUAUUUAUCUCUUCUUUCUUUUAAUACCAAUAGUUUACAUCAUGGUAUUUGCUGUACCUUCACUUCUAUUUUGUUUGAUUCUUAAAUGGCUAUUGAUUGGUAAAUAUCGCGCUCGCCAAGAUCCUUUGUGGAGUCCCUUUGUAUGGAUAUCGGAAUUGAUCACUGUAAUUUACGAAGACACGGCUGGUUCUAUACUUCUUGGAUUUCUGGAAGGUACUCUCUUUUUGGCUCCCAUGCUACGAUGUUUCGGCGUUCAUAUCGGCCGAGGAUGUUAUCUCGAUACGACAGAUGUAACCGAAUUUGAUUUAGUUCAUAUCGGUGACUACGUCACGAUAGAUGCAGAUGUUGGCAUUCAAACACACCUCUUUGAAGAUCGAGUGAUGAAAUUAGGUGAAGUGCAUAUAGAAAGUGAAGCUACCAUUGGUGGUGAAUCAAUCAUACUUCUCGAUACGCGAAUAGGUCAUGGUGCAAACAUAGGACCUUUCAGCCUGAUAAUGCGAGGAGAAAUUGUACCCGCAGGAACUAAUUGGCAAGGAAUUCCAAUCAAAGGACGCACCACUUCUUAUUAA